CCCGUGUGACAACAAACCACGACCACGCUGGAGACAGACAUGCUGGAUAAGACACAACUGACUCUGUAACGUUUCACACGUGUAUAAAGUAUUAUUGUGGUCUCCCUUAAAUACCUGUUGAAACAAAAUGGUUGGGAAAAUAAAGCGAAUCCGACAGAAGCUACACCAGGAUGCUGUCAAGGUUGACCACUCUCAAAGUGGUCUCGAGAAACCACCUUUACCUGCUGAAGUAAAGGGACUUGUGUUGCCUGGAAUAAGCAAGGGAUUUGAUUUAAACCAGAGAACAAACAAGAGCGACAAUAACAAAGGACUAUCUUUAAAGAGUUCAUUUCCAGCUGGCAUAUUUGCUGGAACAAAAAUCACACCUGAGGCUCUUGUACAGACUUUGAAGUACGAUGAGCCCUCUAAGUCCACAGCAUCUGCUAUCCAGACAGGUGGUGGUGGUGAAAAGAAACAGCAGUCAAAGAAAGAGAAGAUGAAGGAUAGAAGAGAACGAUGGCUUAACAAGAUCAGUGCCAUCAAACUGGCGAAGGAGCAGCAGGUGGCUCAGGCCCGUAGGAAGGCCACGCCUGUGGUGGGGGACAUGCGCCCGCUAGUGGACGCCCUGCCCGAACUCUCUCUGCUCACCGCCACCACUAAACCAACAACCACAGCCACCCGCACAAAGGCCAAAGCUGGAGAGAAGAAGAAACCCAGCUCCGUGAACUUCAGUAAGAUGAAGCCAGCUCAGAAGAGGAAACUAGUGGAGACUGAGACAGCGUGGUUCAGUCAGGCCCUGAAGAACCCCACCCUGAAAGCCAACCCCCUGGCGGCCAUCACCGAUCACCUGAGGAAACGUCUAAAACAGGAAGAAGAGCAGAGUUAACCUCGACCACCACCACAAUCCUGUUGUCUGAUUGGACAUGGAGUUGGCCACAUUCACUUCUUCAGGAUCCUCUUCUCUGAUUGGACACUGUGUUAGCCCCACCCAGUCUUCCAGGAUGCUCUCGUCUGAUUGGACACUGAGUUUGCCUUACCCACUUCCUUAGCAUUCUCUCGUCUAAUUGAACACCAUGUUAGCCCCACCCAGUCCUCCAUGAUCGUCUUGUCUGAUUGGACAUUGAGACACAGACUCAAACAUAAAUCCACCCUCAUCCCCUGUUCCUACCCCUCAGACCUGCAUCCUAACCUAUACUUCCCCAUCAGGACUCUUGUCGUUAUGUAUUAUGACGUUAGUAUGAUGGCAGUGUGUUCUUUUGAUUGAUGCCUUGUUUGGAGUUGAUAUGGUUGCAUGGAAGGUGAUGUGAAAAGGCUUGGUGUGCACUACUUGGUUUACAGAUCAAAUGAAUCACUAUUUAUGUGAGUGGUUGAACUCCCCCUUGUCAUGGGGUUGCCUCUGUUAAUCAAAGUCAAGUCAAUUACUCAUUUGCAUAUAUUAAAAACAAAACUGAAAAGCCA